CCGCGCAUGAUUCUCCAUGGCUUCGUAGCUUCCCCUGAAGUGGUACAUAGCACAAGACACCGUACUUCUCUCAAAUCACGUCCGCACUCACAACCGACAGUCAACAGAUACCGCAUUCUCAACCUGGCUUCAGUACAAACGGAUCUCAGUGGAAGUUGUUUCUGUCUCCCCAUACUGGUCUUCAUUCUACCGAGUUGAUUCACCAUGGACGAUCCUGUGGCCGAGAUACCACAUAUCAUACGGACGCUCUGUACGGGCCCAGCAGCUAUUCAAUCAGCAACAAUCAAGACCUAUUUCACCCCUACUGCAUCUUUUACCCAUCCGUUUUGCCGAACUGGAAGUUUUGCAGGAUCAAUAUGGCUUAUCAUCAUGAUCUAUCGUUGGUAUAAGAUCCUCAGUCCGCAUAUCGAUGUUUUCGUCGACAGUGUCGCAUUCGACAAAAAAAAGCUGCUGCUUUACGUCUCAAUACACCAAAACUUCAGACUUUGGGUCGUCCCCUUCUACAUUGCUCCAGUCCAAUUCGUCACUGUUUUGCAGCUAACCACCGAUCCUUUCCCUCAACCUCCGGACGACUCCGCACCAGCCACCGAGCCCUCCUCGUCCGCAGCCGGCCAAGGCCCGAACAGGAAGAACAACGGCAGGAGGAGAAGCAUCAAGUUCGAAGACGGUAAGAAAAGGAAGAGUGCCAAAGUGGACUCGUCUGAUUCAGUCAAAGAAGCCGACGGGGGCACUGCAGACGACACAAAAUACUACAUUCAGUCGCAGGACGAUCUCUAUCAAACAAGCGAGUGGAUCAAAUUCCUGGUGCCAUGGGGCAUCGGUGCCUUCCUGGUCGUCUUGUGGCAGUUCUGGGCUACCAUCUUCUGCGUCAUCGGCACAAUGCUAUUCGAUCUCAUCAUGUGGUUGCCACGAAGACUCUACUACUCGGACUUUGAGUUUUUCGAGAACAACGACAAGAAGGUGCUCGGUCCUGAUUGACGGCGGAUACGGUCAGUCCAUGACGAAGCGGGAUUUCAUCAUAACGGUUGCAUGAACAUAGGAUUGUUAACGUCCGAGACGAUUAUUGAAAGUGUGAGUUUAUCGUUGGGAAGCAAGGCGUGGAUAGGGCGAUUGCGUUUUAUUGAGGUUCCGGGAGGCAACAUUAGGCGUUGGAGCAUGAUACCCAUGUGCAUACGGGAGUACGGCGUUGUCACAAGUCAACGGCAAGUAUAGAUCAUCAGGAUAGUUGUAAAUGCUGUCCUUUCAUAGAAUGCAACCAGCAGCUGUAUGAC